UUGGAUCUGAAUAUCAUUCUGUCCUAGAGAAUAAGGAAUGCAGCCUAACGAUGAUAUCCUCUGCAUGUUACAUAUGCUUCAGAUUAUACUUGGAGUCUUUGGGAAUAGUUUACUCCUUUUCUUGUAUGGCUUUAAUUUUAUCACUGGUAAAAGGAUAAGACCAAUAGGUACGAUUUUUGUUAAUUUGUUCCUUUCCCAUAUUCUAAUGAUUCUUUUCAGGGGAGUUCCCACAGCAAUUCAAGUGUGUAUCCAGAAAAUUUUCCUGAGAGACAUUGAAUGCAAAAUCAUUGUUUAUCUGCAGAGAGUAGCCCGAGGAGUUUCACUUUGCAAUACCUGCCUUCUGAGUGUCUUCCAGGCCAUCACCAUCAGUUCCAAGAGCCCCAAAUGGGCCAAGCUCAAAGCCAAUGCCCCAGAAUACAUUGUUCCAUCGUGUGUCUUCAUGUGGGUACUCAAUUUGUUGGUAGAUGUAGUUGUGCCUCUCCAUGUGACUGGCCCUGGGAACAACACAUUCAGUCAUGUUAACAACAACCUUGGAUACUGUUCAAUAGACUGGCAUGCCAUAACGACCUCCAAUCUUGUUAUGUGGAAGACACUUUAUGAUGCGGUAUUUCUGGGAUUCAUGGCCAUUUCCAGUGGCUACAUGGUGCUUGUUUUGUUCAGACACAAAGGGCAAGUCCAACACCUUCAUAACAAUAACGUCAACCCCAUUUCCACCCCAGAAACCAGAGCCACUAAAGUAAUCUUGUUGCUCAUGAUUUCCUUUGUAUGCUUUUAUUCAGUUGGUUCCAUCUUUGUUAUUAUAAUGGAAAAAUCUAAAGAUAAAAGCCAGUGGACUAUACAUAUGUCUGCAUUUUUUACUUCAUUUUACUCAACAGUAAGUCCUUUUGUUUUAAUCAGUAGUGAUUCACAGAUCCUCAGUUGUUGUAAUACUUUCAAAAGAAUAAAAAAUUCUCAUCCUCAUUCAUUAAAAUCUCAGAACAAAUACAUUGAAACUAUGAAAUUUCAAAGAAGAAAAUAA